AGAAAAAGCGCAAUACGUUGGGGACGGUAGUAGAUCGAACCCUAGCUAGGCACCCAGGAGACCCACGAGAGGCGAACAGGCGACCGCACAUCCGGUGUACGACGGCUCCGGCAAGGACUGCGGCCGCUAGUACGGCCGGAACCACCGUUCGCCGCCGCCAACUCCGGAGACUCUAGCCAGCCAUGAGUAAAGGAAUCUCCCGAACUCCGGUACUGCCGGCCUCGACGACCACCACUAGUGUGGAUUCUGCUUCCCUCCACUUCAGGGUAGACUACGAGCAAGUCAAGCACCUUGGCAUCGACGAUGUCGUCUGCUCUGAGCUCUUCACCGUCGGCCAACACCAGUGGAGGAUUGACUGCUACCCGCGCGGACCGGUAGGGUACUCCAAGGAUGACAUGGGAAAUUAUGUUUCCAUCUACCUUAGGCACAUGAGUGAUUCCGGAAGGGUACGCGCCACCUUCAUCGCCUUGAUAAAGGAUAGAGAUGACAAGCCAUCAGAAAUACGAGUGAAAACUUACCUUCAUGAGUUCACAAUCAUGGGCGCCCCUGACUACCUCGAUGAGUGGGGAUGGAAUCGGUUUGUGGCAAGAAAGGACCUGGAGGAAACCUAUGUUAUUGAUGGGCACGUCACGUUCGUAUGCACCAUCAUGGUCACGCGUGAUACUACCCCUGUCACCGUGCCGCCAUCCGACAUCAAGAACCAUCUCGGCUCCUUACUGGAUCAGGCAUAUGGGACAGACGUGUCGUUUACCGUCCACGGCGAGACAUUCCCCGUGAACCGAGCUAUUCUUGCAGCCCGCUCACCUGUCUUCAAGGCAGAGCUUUUUGGGUCCAUGGCCGAAGCGACAAUGGCAUCCAUCACACUGCACGAUAUCACACCUUCAAUAUUCAAACGUAUGCUUCGGUUCAUAUACACGGAUGAGUUUCCUACUACAGAGGAUAACCCGUCCAAUGAGGUAUUAUUUGAUUUACUUGCCGCUGCAGAUCGGUACGCACUAGACCGGCUAAAGCUUAUGUGUGCCAAAAAGUUAUGGGAUAAUGUGUCAAUGGAUACAGUUACGGAUAUUCAAGCUUGCGCUGACAUGUACAAUUGCCUCGAGUUGAAGGACAAGUGCAUUGACUUUAUUGCAAAAGAGAAAAAAAACAAAGAAGUCUCUUUUUUCAAAAACGAUUCGAAGAAGCCCACGACUUCAUCAGGCUAAGGCAAAUAUUUCAUAGAUUAUUGUUGGUGAGUUUAGACUUUAAUUAGAAAAAUAGUGCUGGAACAUUAUAUACUAGACUAUUUCACAUUUGUGUUUUCUUUUGUCUUUUACAUUGGUGCAUUGGCACCCGGGUUUCUAUUUGUGGUUUG